AUGCGAAUAUGUGGUGAUAUCCCGGGACAAACCAUGAAUGUCCUACUUGCAACAAAUCAGAAUCCGAGUCACUACUACAUUGUGGGUAAUAUUCAACUUAAGGAACCUACCACAGCAGUCUUAGAAUACAUUGGCAAAUACACACCCCCAUCUUCACCUGUCUUCCCAUCCAGCCUCCCUGUAUUUAGAGACAUCAGGGCAGCAAAUGCAUUUUGGGCCCGUUUAAGGAGCUUAGCCAGCAAAGAACACCCUAUUAUUAAUGAAAGCUUGACCCAUGUUAUAGGACAAGGAGAAGGGGGAAUUAGAAGGAAGAAGGAUAGUAAAAAGGGUAAUGACAGAAUUGCAACUAAUGAAGGGAAUAAGUUAGUGGAGGAGUCGGUUAGAGGAGAGAAAGAGAAGCAUCACAAAACAGACAGGAGGCAGCAUAUGAAUGGGAAGGCUCCUGGCAUGAUGGGAAAGAGAGAGUUGAACAUAAGUGGGGUUUACACUCCUGAUUUUCCAGACUUCCCAGAGGUUUAUUAUGACUUCACAGAUCCUAAUUUGUCUUACAAUUAUACUGUACCAUCCAUAGCAACCAAGGUGAAGAUGAUUAACUACAAUGAAACAGUGGAGAUAGUAUUUCAAGGGACUAAUACUGUUGGAGGGGCACAGGAUCAUCCUGUACAUAUGCACGGAUAUAGUUUUUAUGUGGUUGGAUUUGGACUUGGGGAUUUCAACAAUGAGACUGAUCCAAAAUCCUAUAAUUUGGUUGAUCCACCUGAAUUGAACACAAUUCGGGUUCCUAAGAAUGGAUGGGUUACAGUGCGGUUCACAGCAAAUAACCCAGGGGUCUGGAUGUUGCACUGUCAUUUGCUUAAGCAUCUUACCUGGGGCAUGAAAACUGUUCUCAUAGUGUUGAAUGGUGACACUCCUGAGACAAGUAUCCUUGAUCCCCCUCCCUCGAUGCCUUCUUGCAACUUUUCAUUCGUCAAUUACAUCCAGAAGUUCAAACAUUCAGAUGUCGUGCAUCCUGUUCAGAUAAUUGGAAUGUGA